AUGACAUGGUUGAUGUUUAUGAAUGGUUAAAUAAAGUAUAAGAAACAGAAACUAAAAUGUUUAAAUUAUUUAUCUAUAAAUGGGAUAUAAAAACUAUAAAUGAAAUUGAAAAAUAUAAUGCUAUCAUUCUUAAACAAUACAAACAAUAACAAAAUAAUAGGAAUUAUUUAAUUUAGCAUUAAUUAUUUAUAACUUAAAUUAGAACUUGAAAAAAAAAAGAAAAUUAAAAAGCAAAUUAUAGAGAUACUAUUUAAUUAAUCGAAUUUGAAAAAGAGGAAAUUUCUAUAAAAUAUUAGUAAUUAGACAACGAAAUUCGUAAUAAAUUAAUAAAUUGAAAUAAGAUCUUAUUAAUUGAUUUGAUAAGUAAGAAAGACAAGAUUAAACUGAAUUGGCUAAAUAAUUAAAAGAAUUGAAUGAUCUAAUUCUUAAAAAUAGAUAAUUUUUGUCAGAAAUUCAAAAUAUAAAAUAAGACAAUAUGCUUUUAGCUUCAUAUUGUUUUCAACAAUAAAAAAAUAUAGAUAAAUUGAAUAUAUAAGUUAACAAUUUAUUAUAAACUUUUAAAAUUCUUGAGAUGAAAUUUCUGGAUUAAAUAUUGAAUAAACUAAUCUUUUAUCUUAAAUUGAAUAAAUAAAACAAUAAAUAGAUGAAUUAAAUAAAAAGAAAUUGAGCUUUACUAAUACAUUAAAAAUUAAAGGGAUUAAUAGUUAGAAAUAUAAAGUUUACUUGAGAAUCAAAUAUCUGAAUAAGAAAUUAUAAAUUUAGAACUAAAAUCGCACCCAAAAAAAUAGAAUUACGUAUCAAAGAAUUCUUGAUAUGAAUGUUAAAAUAGAUAAAUCUUAUCAAGAAAAUUAAACAAGGAGAGGAUCAAGCAUGAGUAAAUGCUUUAUCCAAAUAAAUAAAUUAAAACAGAUUAAUUAUUAUAUAAAGAUAACAUGA